CAAAUCCUCCUUGGGAUGGUCCGGACCCUGACCCUGACCCCGCCUCGUCUUCUCUUCUCUUCUCCCCCGUCCCUCCCGCCUUCCUCCAAGCAGCUGCAGUGGCUGCUGGACAACUACGAAACAGCUGAAGGGGUCAGCUUGCCCCGCAGUUCUCUCUACAACCAUUACCUGCGUCACUGCCAGGAGCACAAGCUGGAUCCGGUCAAUGCAGCCUCUUUUGGGAAGCUGAUCCGCUCGGUCUUCAUGGGCCUGAGGACGCGUCGGCUAGGCACCAGGGGGAAUUCCAAGUACCAUUACUACGGGAUCCGCCUCAAGCCGGAGUCCCCCCUGAACCGCUUGCAGGAGGAUGCCCAGUACAUGGCCAUGAGGCAGCAGCCGGCCCACCAGAAGCAAAGGUACCGACCUUCCCAGAAGUUGGAUGGCGCGGCUGAGGGGGGCCCCAUCAGCACCCCCCACACCACCCCCGAAGAGUCUGUUGCUGCCCAGUGUCAGCACCACCAGCAGUACAUCGAUGUUACUCAUGUCCUUCCUGAAUUCCCGGUCCUGAAUCUGGAAAACGUUCUCCUGCAGGAGGGAGUCGAGGCAAAUGACCUCCAGACCCUUCAGCUCUUCUACCGACAGCACUGCGAGGCCAACAUCGAGGUCGUCAUGAGCCUCCAGCUCCCUUACCUCGAGAAGCUGUGGCAGUCCUUCUGGAAUUCAGAAUCCCUUCCCAGCCGCUCAGGUGCUGCCACCACAGGGGCCUCCAGCGAAGAACCCUACGAAGCCAUCAUCCCGAGACACAAACUGAUCGCCCUGUGCAAAUGCGAGCCCAUCAUGGCGUGGAUGCGGAGCUGCGACCACCUCUUGUACCAAACCCUGGUGGAGAUUCUCAUCCCGGACGUUCUCCGGCCUGUUCCCGGCACUUUGACCCAAGCCAUCCGCAAUUUUGCCAAGAGCUUGGAGGGCUGGCUGAUCAGUGCCAUGAGCGAGUUCCCCCAGCCCGUGGUCCAAAGCAAGGUGGGCGUGGUGAGUGCCUUUGCCCAGACCCUGCGCAGGUACACGUCCCUGAACCACUUGGCCCAGGCCGCGCGGGCCGUCCUCCAGAACACGUCCCAGAUCAACCAAAUGCUCAGCGACCUCAACCGGGUGGACUUUGCCAAUGUCCAGGAGCAAGCCUCGUGGGUCUGCCAGUGCGAAGAGGGCCUGGUGCAAAAGCUGGAGCAGGAUUUCAAGCUGACCCUGCAGCAGCAGAGCUCUUUGGACCAGUGGGCCAGCUGGCUGGACGACGUGGUCACCCAGGUCCUGAAGCCGCACGAGGGCGGGGCCAGCUUCCCCAAGGCAGCCCGGCAGUUUCUCCUGAAAUGGUCCUUCUACAGCUCCAUGGUGAUCCGGGACCUCACCUUGCGCAGCGCCGCCAGUUUUGGCUCCUUCCACCUGAUCCGUCUUCUCUACGACGAGUAUAUGUUCUACCUGGUGGAGCAUCGGGUGGCCGAAGCCACAGGGGAGACACCCAUCGCUGUGAUGGGAGAGUUCAGUGACCUCGCGUCCAUGUCUCCGGCUGUGCUUGAGAAAGACGACUUCAGGAACGAGGCGGAGGCAGAGGCCCGGUGCACCGGCAAGCCCCAGGUGAAGCGCGAGCACAGCGACCCCGGCCCGUCCUUGCAGGAGAUCUAGCCCCGGAGCAGCCGGGCCAUGCACCCUUCGGUCCUGACUCUGCUGAGAGUGCCAAAGCUUUCCAGAACGCCCCGCAGGGACCCGCAGGUCCUCCGUGAUGACGUCGGGCCUCUUAGUUCCUCCUCAUGUUUACGUGUCUUCACCGAAGACGGGCCGGUGUCCAGCCGGCCAGUUGACUAGGAAGAGAGAAGGCCCCCGUCUCGGCAGCCGGCCAGUCCUUCUCUUUGCAGGGACCCCCGGCCCCCUCCUGUCCACCCUCCUGCUCUUUUGCUCUGCCUUAACUGACUCAACCAAUCGAGGGAAAAGCGUGUGAGGUGAGCCCCCAGGUGCCGCCGUGAUCCAGAUCUGCUGGCCGAUUCUGCGCCUCGUGGGGAAGGGGGGCGUCCGGUGUCCUCCCUGACUCCAACUUGCUAAAUAAAUUUACACUGUGGCCAAUGG